CAUGCAUGCUCAAUCAGAUCCGAAAUCGCAGUUCUGAUUUCCUUAUGGAGAUGAUUCUUUAGACCUGUAAAUUACGACUUUCCAUAUACAUCGAUACCCAUCUUUGUUUCCCAGUAAUAUAUAUAAGAAAGAAGAACAAUUAAUAGAAUAGAGGUUGAACUCGAAGAACAACGACAAUUAAUUAACCCACUAGAGUAACUCACAAAGAAAAGGGGGGUAAAAAAAAGAGAUGGAGGGCAGAAGAAAGGCUCUGAAUGGUUCAGUAUGGCUGUUGCUGUUGGUGGCUGCGAUGAUGAUGGGAAGGCAGCAAGUCGUUUUGGGAGGUAGGGCCGACUUCAAAAAGUGCUACGACGACUGCAUGAAGAACUGCAACCAACCUAUAGGCACAGAGCAGUGCAGCAUUGACUGCGUGGACAAAUGCAAACCUCCGUCGGCAACGGGCAGUACCCUUGGUUAUGUUGAUCAUCGUGGUGUUCAUUGAUCAGUAUGACAUAUGCUUUUUGUUUUCUUUCUUCGAAAACUGGAUUAAAAAAUCAAAAUAGAUCAUGUUGCGUGGUGUUUCUGAUAUAUUAUUAAUAAAGAUUUCCUACUUUGGAUUUUAUUGUUCCGGUGUUAUAUAUAUAUGAUUGCAAGGGAAUGAUGUAAGAUCAAUUUUUAGACUUCUUUCAAGAAUUCCGAGUCAAUAUUAUUGCAGCUUACUCUAACUGCCUCUCCAGAAAUUUUGUAAGUGCUAUGCUUGAAUGUGUAAACCAUUUUCUCCAUCAUCUAUCCGGAAGAGGUAGGAUGACACCUAAAUUUUUUUUCGGGAUAAAAAUUAUUAACCAAU